AUGCGAACCUGCAAAAUUGUGAAAUUUUCGGAAAAGAAUGCUGUUCGAAAAAAAAACAGAACUUCAGGACCCCAAAAUGUUCGUCUUUGGUCAGGGGAACCUAAAGAUCUUGAAUCGUUAAUUUUAGAUUACACCAUUAUUGUAAGUACAUUUUACAGAUCACAAGCAUUUUGGACUUAUCGUAUAAAAGCAUUUCUUUAUUUUCCGACUUAG